GCGGAGAAGGAGGAGGCUAAGGUGGCGGCUACAAUGCUGGAGCAAAGCCGGCGGAUGGCGGCAACUCGCCUGGGGCUGCUUCUCCUCACCAUUUGGGUUCAGGCGGCGCAGCCCAUGGGAUAUUUCGAGCUGCAGCUGAGCUCGGUGAAGAACGUGAACGGGGAGCUCCAGAACGGCGACUGCUGCGACAGCAACCGGACUGCACGGCCCAGCGGGUCGGACUGGAGCUGCGGCCGAGAUGAGUGUGACACCUACGUUCGUGUCUGCCUCAAGGAAUACCAGACCAAAGUCACCCCGACGGGGCCCUGCAGCUACGGCCACGGAGCCACGCCCGUGCUCGGUGGGAAUACUUUUUCCUUGGGCGGUGGUAGCAACAGCGGCAGGAGCGGCCAUCAGGCCCGGGGCAGCAGAGACAAGGGCCGGGUGGUUAUCCCCUUCCAGUAUGCGUGGCCGGUGAGUGUUCCCUCUCCCUCUCCCGGGGUCGGAGAGAGGAGCGGGCUCAGGCUCAGUCUCCCUGCCCCCCGGGGCUGCCGCAGGCCAGCACCUAUGGGAGGGGAGAACACUCGCAUCUGGGUGGGGGCGCUGCGCUCUGCGGUAGGGAGGGCUCGGCCCGGGAAAUAG